AUGAUAGCAGACAAUAUGUCGAUAAAUGGAGAUAGUAAUAAUGAUCAAUUAACAGCAGAUGAGAUUGCAUUAUAUGAUAGACAAAUUAGGUUAUGGGGUAUAACUACUCAAUUAAGAUUAAGAACGACUAAGAUAUUGAUUAUUAAUUUUAAAGGAAUUGGAACUGAAAUUGUUAAAAAUUUAGUACUUGGAGGUAUAAAUACAAUUGAAAUAUUAGAUGAUUCAAUUAUUAAACCUGAAGAUUUCACAUGUCAAUUUUUCUUACCUAAUAACGAUGAAAUUAUUGGAGAAUUGAAAUUACCUCAUGUUGUUGAUAAUAUUCGAGAAUUGAAUAAUCGAGUUAAUUUAAAUAUAAAUACUCAAACAUUAUAUGAUAUGAAAGAUGAUUAUUUUAAAAAAUUUGAUUUAAUAAUUGGUACAGAAUUGAAUAAAAAAGAUAUGAUUUAUAUUAAUGAAAUUCUGAGAAAUUUAAAUAUUCCAUUAUAUUUAUCAGGUACUCAUGGAAUGUUUGGUUAUAUAAUUACUGAUUUAAUUAAACAUGAAUCAACAAAAGAACAAAAUAUUGGCAAUGUUAAAAGAAUAAUUGGUACUAAAUUAUCACUUCAUAAAACAAUUUCUCAAAUUGAAAAAAUAUCUGGUGAAGAUGAAAAAGAAUUAGUUACUAUAACUGAUGAAUUUUCACCAAUAAAAACAAUAUUUAAUUCAAAAAAAUUAAAAGAUCAAUUAACAAAAAGACAAUUUAAAAGAAUAUCUCCAUCUUUUCCAAUAAUUUUUGCAUUAUUAGAUAUUGAAAAACCGGAAAAUGUUGAAGAUGAUGUAUCUAUUGAGUUAUUGAAAAAGAAAACCCUUGAAGUUUGUAAAGAUUUAGAAAUUCCUCCUGAAUUGAUCACUGAUGAUUAUUUCCAAUUGUUAAGUCGUCAAGCAUUUACUGAAUUUGCUCCUGUGACAGCUAUUUUAGGUGGUGCUUUAUCACAAGAUGUCAUUCAAUUCUUGAGUAAAAAAGAAAGUCCGAUUAAUAAUGUAUUAAUUUUAGAUUCUGUAAAACUGGAAAUGCCUAUUUAUCAACUAUAA